GAUAUAUCCUAUCAGUCAUUUGAUCCAUUUAUAAAACUUUUUGUUUGUUUGUUUAACAUAUCAUUUAAUUCAUUAAUUAGACAAACAUUGUCUAAACAUGUCUUUGUCGUCGUCAUCAUCAGCGGUAAAACCGUUUGCAAUGAUAGCGGCCGUCUGUGCCAACAACGGUAUCGGCAUCGAAGGUCGUCUUCCGUGGCGACUCAAGAACGAGAUGUCCUAUUUUACACGUAUUACUAGUACUGCAGCCGAUGGCAAACAAAAUGCCGUAAUAAUGGGCCGCAAGACCUGGGAGUCGAUACCACCGAAAUACAAACCGCUCGCCAAUCGCCUGAAUGUUGUCCUAAGCAAGUCGUUAACUGAGUUGCCUAAAGGAGCCCAUCGUUUGAUGGCCUCAUUAAGCCAAUCACUUCAAGUGCUAUCCACUGAUGAAACUAUCGACAAAGUGUUUGUAAUCGGAGGUCAAGUACUGUACGAAGAGGCCAUCGAUGUCGAUGAGUGCCAAUAUAUUUACUUAACGCGAAUCGAUAGCAACUACGAGUGCGACGCCUUCUUUCCAGAAGUGGAUCUCAACUUAUUUAAAGACAUCACUCAAGAGGACAGUGCCGUACCUCAAGAGGUGCAACAAGAAAACGAUAUCACUUAUCGUUAUUAUCUCUACCAAAGAGUUUGAUCUGAAGAGUACAGAAUAAUUUCAGAAGUAAUAAAACA